AUGCGACACACCCAACGCGAAGCCCUGAUUAUCGUCGGGAUCUUGUCCACGGUUCUAGGAGCUUUGGUGAUAUUGCUCCGUGGUUAUGUCUGGAUUACGCGAAGGAGGAAACAAGGAUUGGAUGAUCUGUUCAUGGGUAUUGCAUGGAUCUUCUCCAUCGGCUUUGCGAUCGCCUCAUUCUUGUCCGUCAGGUAUGGGGUCGGCUUGAAGACCGAGCAGCUUCCGGCUUCAGCUGAGAUACUAGCCAUGAAGUCCAUCUACGCGAUACAGAUCUUCUACUACCUGAGCGUGUUUUGUAUCAAGAUGAGCAUCAUGUGUCUUUAUCUCCGCAUAUCGCAAGCUCUACGCACAUGGUUCUGGAAAGCAAGCAUUGCCACAAUAGUUUUGCUGGUCGCUCAAUUCUUCUCGACUAUCCUUGUCACGCUUCUCCAAUGUCGUCCAAUACCCAAGUACUGGGACCAGAGCUUAGCCGGAACUUGUAUCAACAUCAAUGCGUUCUUUUACUCGACGAAUGCAUUCACAGUUGCCUCGGACAUCCUGAUCUUCGCGCUACCCUUACCACUGCUCUGGUCUCUCAAGAAGACAACCAAGAGGGACAGGUAUGCUGUGCUUGCAGCAUUCAUGGUGGGCUUCGUAUCCACCAUCGUCGCUGGUGUACGGUUAUACUCGAUCAGAGUAUAUACGUUGUCUACUGAGCCCGUUCGGGAAGCCGCACCGAUCAAUCUUUGGUCAUUUGUAGAAGUCAAUCUCGGCAUGCUGUGUACUUCUGGUCCAGUCAUCAAGGCACUCAUUGUAACAUCUAGCAAGAAAGGAGCAAUGAUGCAAGGUCUCACAUUCGACAGCAGUAGACCCUCGCAACCAGUCGAGAUAUAA